CGACAAUGCCUUUUCACUGCAUCAGCCUUCUUCAAUCAUCACUUCCCUCACACAUUCCCGGUGGUUCGCCGGGUUUUUGCCUCUCGUAACCAGCGUUGCUGCCUCGAUCGCGAUUGUCUUGUCUGUCUGCCCACAUAUGUGCCUGCAUUCCUGCGUGAUUUUAUUCUUGAGUCUGGUCAGGAUUGGCUUCAUCGUCUAAUUCACCCCCUGUCCACUCUCCCAUGUUAUUUUUCUCUCCCCUCUGCUGAGCGCCGUGUGCUGUUUUCAUUCCGCACCGGCACCUAUACUUGUACUGUCACAGAUGGUCGGCUGACUCAUCGGCCUCGUCUCCUACGCUUCUGCCCAUUCUGCGCUGCUACUUGCCCUCCCGCCAGCUGGCCGAUGCCGUGGCUUGUGCCGCCUGUUGAGGAUCAGUUGCAUGUGCUUUUCUAUUGCCCGCUCUAUAGCUCUCCACGUAGGGAGGUUUUCCGUGUUGUUCGCAUGUAUGGAUUGACUGCACCGGAUGGUGUGGUGUAUUUUUGGUGGGAUCUCGCUCGUUGUGAUGCCCUGGUGUUCGCAUGGUCAUUGCUUACUUCGCGCUCUCUCCCUGUGCAACGUGCGUUGGCUCAGUUUCUUUUGAUGGCCGUGGCUUCUCGCAAGCGCUGGCUUUCUUUGCACCCGUCAGCUUAGUUUUCUCGAUAUGACAAACGCUUUCAUGGACACAGCAUCUGCCCUCAGGGGCCGGGACCUCGGUGUCCGUUAACAAACGAACGAACGAACGCAUACGUCGCGAGCUUAAGCUCGCAGGCGCCUUCCCUUUGACAACGCACGUGUGGUCACAAUGAAGCGAGGUAAGUCAAAGUGCGUGAGGAGGAGGAAGCAACAAGGCCAUCAGUUGGCUUGGAUCUGUGUCCAAUUGUGCCAGGACGAGGCGGCAGCGGCGGCGGGAAGCUGAAGGUGACGUACGGUGAGUGACCAAGCGGCAGAGGACAGCACAACACGCACAGCAGAGGAAAGGUGGCGUGACACCAGCUGACUUACUGUGAAAGACCCUCUUCUCUGUCUGGGUGUGUUCGGCAGGUUUGAACACCGGCGCUCUGAUCAACUGCUGUGACAACAGCGGUGCCAAGAACAUCUUCAUCUUCGCCGUCCAUGUACGGCACCUGACGCGCGCACACAUCACAGAUCUGAUCUACCCCACUGCGCCUGUGUGGGUUUGUCUGUCUGGUGUCUGUGUGUCUGCAGGGCAACAAGUCUUGCCUCAAUCGGCUGCCUGCCUGCUCGAUCGGCGAUAUGGUGCUGGGGACGGUCAAGAAGGGCAAGCCUGACCUCAGGUGCGUGCGAGAUGACCGAGCUCGUCCGGCUUUGACGGACUGAGCGUCCAUCUGUUGGUUGCGGGGUGCUGUUGUUACGAUACAGGAAGAAGGUGUUGCCGGCCAUUGUGGUUCGUCAGCGGAAGGCGUGGAGGCGGGCUGAGGGCAUCUUCAUCUACUUCGAAGGUCGGCCGAAGUGGCCACCAAUGCCCAAUGCCAACACAACGCCGCUCACCAGACACAUGUGGUGUGGUGUGUUCUGUUCUGUUGUGCUAUGCUGUGUUGUCUUGUGUUGAUCGUUUUAGACAAUGCUGGUGUGAUAGUGAACCCCAAAGGCGAGAUGAAGGGCUCUGCGAUCACGGGACCUGUCGGCAAGGAGUGUGCCGAGCUCUGGCCUAAGAUCGCCUCCGCCGCGCCUUCCAUCAUGUAGGGGCAGGGCAGAAGACAUAGCUGCACAGCAAGACAGGCAGGCAGGACGCGGCGCUCGCAUGCCGCAUGUCAUGUCAUGUGGGCGAGUGAGUGAGCUCUGUCGGUGCUUGCUGAUACGCAUGGAUGGGAGGGCUGGAAGGAUGGAUGAGACCUGACAUGGAUGCUUUUCAUUUCAAGUUGUGCGCACCGCA